AUGCUCUCCACAGCACCAGCCGCGUAUUCCACCUCCUUCGCCGCCUUUCCCACCCUCGCGCGGCGCCGGCACCGGCACCGCCGCGUUCUGCUACCGUUCGCCGCGGCGACGGACGGGGCGGAGCGGUUCGCCGCGAGCAGCUCCAUUGCGGAUUACCUCCGGUACCGCCGCCCGAUGUCCGGGGACCUCUCGGUGGGAGGGGGUGGCGGCAAGCUGCAGACGGCCGUGGUGCGGUACGAGAAGCGGUUUCCAUGGUCGCUCAUCCACCCUUUUCUCCGUGUUGAUUUGGUUUCUACUGUACACAUUGCUGACAAAGAAUAUUUUGAUAAACUCCAACAAGCACUUGCAGACUAUGAUUGUGUUCUGUAUGAAAUGGUGAUAAGUCGGGAUAAUUUAAAUAACCAGCAGGGCCCAACGUUUGCGAAGAAGCUGAGAUCUUCGCGCAAAGGUUUCAGUAUUCUUGGUUUCAUACAGAAACAAAUGGCUCGUAUCCUUUCAUUGGAUUACCAACUAGAUUGCCUUGAUUAUGGCGAUGAGAAAUGGCAACAUGCUGACCUUGACUAUGAGACAUUCAAGCUGCUUCAGACUGAAAGAGGUGAAAGCUUUCUCACAUUUGCAGUGGACAUGACCCUGAAAUCAACUAAAGCAUUGGUACAACCAACUUCUCCAGCUGGUCUUGAUUUCUGGAGAUCCAAGUUGCUAUGGGCCUCGCGUGUUCUACCAAUGCCACUUAUUGGACUAUUUGUUAUCACCGGGCUUUGUUUGCCAGUGGAUAAGCAAGAUGGAUAUCCUGAGCUGGAAGCAUUAUCCAAACUAGAUUUAGGAGCUGCUCUUAAGAUUUUUCUGGCUAAGCAAUUGACCUCUGAUUUCAAUGCUAUGACUGCACCUGCUGAGGAUAAGUCAGUUAUAAUUGGGGAAAGGAACAGAGUUGCAACUGAGAAGAUAAAGGGUGCGAUAAACCGAGGGUACAAGAGAAUAGCGGUUCUGUACGGAGGUGGGCAUAUGCCAGACCUUGGAAGACGUCUUCGAGAAGAGCUAGAUAUGGUCCCAUCCAAUGUGCAAUGGGUCACAGCAUGGUCAAUAAGAAGCCGGGAGCUAGAUAAAAAAUCGCUUCCAUUUUUGAAGACGAUGGCUGAGGUUUCAGGGUGGCCUUUGAAUAGAUAUGAAACACUUGCUUUGCUAAUCUUUUCUUCGGUUCUUGCAGUGGAUCUAUGGUUUUGGGAGUUUCUCGUGGAAAGCAGUCUGAAUUGGGCAUCUUUGGCUGGUUCCUGGAUCGAUCAAUUUAGUGCUCCAUUUUGA